AUGGAAGGCCUCGUGGUAACUGAGGUAGGAUCGAACAGGGUUCGCAUCACGGGCGCUAAGGGGCAUCCUGCACCUGUUACUACUAAGGUUGGCAUAUCUGCGCGAGCUGGGUAUCGUGCAGAGUUUCACUACUACAUCACCGGUCUAGAUCUGAAAGAAAAGGUCAAAAUGGUGGAGCUGCAAACCAAGGCACUGGCCGGCCGCCAGGUGGACAAGCUGCACGUGUUGGAAUUCCAAGUAGCUGGAUCAAUCCCCGAAGACCCAAGAUCGCAAGAUGAGGCUACUGUAGAUAUGCGCAUCUACGCGCAGAGUCGAGACCCCUCAGUUCUCGGAGCAAAUCAGUUCCUCGUCUGGUGUAAGCAAAACAUCCUUCAAAGCUAUCCAGGAUGCACACCCAACACCGAUCUCCGGCAAGGAGUUGGAAGGCCGUACUUUGACUACUUCGUCACGGUGCUAGAUCAGAGCCAUGUCGUGGAGACCGUCUUUCUUCCCGACGGAAGCUCCAAGCGCAUGCCGCCACCGACUCGCACACGACAGUAUCCAAACAAGCAAGUUUCAUAUGAUACGCCCGAGCCUUAUCAGCUAUCGACCUGGGGACCUACUCGACGAGCGCCUUUGGGCUUUGUAGUGCUCGGAAGGUCGGGCGACAAGUCGUCUGACGCAAAUGCAGGCUUCAUAGCCCGAAGCCAAGACGAAUGGGAUUGGCUAAAAAGCUUCUUGUCUCUGGCCAAAUUCAAAGAACUUCUGGGCAAAGACUACACAGGUAAGCCGAUUGAGCGCUUCGAGAUGCCGGGAGUGCGAGCCGUGCAUUUUCUGCUCAAAGGGCAUCUCAAAGGCGGAUGCAAUUCAUCGGCAGGAUUUGACGCGUACGGAAAGAACUUGGCCGAGUACGUACGAGCGAGGCAUGUCGAUGUUCCCGUAAGGUUUCUUGAGCGGGGGCGAAUUUGA